UCAGGUUGGUCAGCGCGAGGCUAAGCAGCAGUCCAAAGCUCUUUAGUUUGACUGUGUAUGCAGACGCCUUACAGUCAUUUCUGCAGAACUUCCAUACAAACAAACUCAGGUUUUUUUCCUUCAAGCUGGCAGAGGCCAUGGGACAAGAGGAAAGUCACAAUGAGGAGAUGGACUUGGCACGGAUUCAUGAGCUGUGUGUCAUUUUUAUGAAGGAGUGUCCAAGCGGUGCCCUGCACCUGCAUGAGCUCAAGAAGAUCUUUGGAGUCUCAAGCAGCUCUGUAGAGGAGUCCCUUUUCAUAGAAACAAUAUUCAACUCGUUCGACACAAACAAGGAUAACACACUGGAUUUCCUCGAGUAUGUGGCAGCACUUCACUUGAUCUUACGAGGUAAUCUUGAAGAUCGGCUCAAGUGGUCCUUCAAGAUGUAUGACAAUGAUGGAAACGGCAGGCUGGACAGGACGGAGGUGAAACGGCUUGUCAGGAUUCUUUACAAAAUCAAACUCCAGAAGACUCACAUCAGCAUGACUCCAUCCCAAAUCUGUGACCGAAUCUUCGAGCUGGUUGACCAGAACAAUGAUGGUGAGAUAACCUUGUUGGAGUUCAUGGAGGGAGCUCAGAAGGAUGAAUGGGUCAUGAACCUACUGAAGCUUGAUGUCAACGCCACCGGCUGGGUCAUUCAGAACUGCGGCAGACUGCAAUCAGCCACAUGAUUUAUUUGGAGGCCGACAGAGUGGUGCUAUCUACAUACCUGAGGUUUAAAAGUUUGACUUUGUCUCCACGUUCAUCUUCCUGCAACUUGGAGCUGGAGCACAGCGCGCUGUUUCAUAGGUGCAGUUCAGCAGGGGUGGUUGGUCCAACAGUCCAACAGGCAUUGCUUUGUAUCUGUGGUCCGAGCUUCUUUUCAAAAUGUCAAAACUGGACUGGACUCAAAAGAAAAAGAAGAACAAAAAGAAAAAAAUGUGUGCAGUAACUUUAGUUAGUCACACACUGUUUCAGGAUAUCAAGCAACAUUUGUCCAGCUAAAGAAAUCGAAACUCACAAAACGUCUUGGUAAAUGCAGCUGAUGUAAAUUCAUAUUCAUGCGUUAUUAUUAUAUUCUUAGAUCCAUAAUGGUUACCCAUACAGGAUCAUAUCUUAUAAAUAUAUUUAUACAGAGAGAUAGAGUUAAUUUACACUGUCAACAAAAAACUGAAGCACACCUUAUUUAAGCAUAUUUAUAUAUAAUUAGUUAUUAUGAUGAGGCUGUAUAAUCUUGAUUUGGACAUUAUACACGAACCUCUUCUGUUACUCCUGUAGUGUUCAAUCCUCAGAGUAACGUAAUGAAAGAUACUUACAGUCAUGUGAAAAAGACAUUCCUGAUAGGACUCUAUAUAGUUAUAGAGUAAUAGUUAGCCUGCAGGUCUUCUUUUCAACAGCAAUGACUUAAAGGAAUUAUUUACUAUAUGAAUUUAUCAAUCUAUCCAUUCUCUGUUGAGGAUUUUGACCAACUCUUCUUUACAAUAGUGCUGAUUGAGGUUUGCAAGUAAAUCAUUUAUGCACAGCAGUUCAUAGAGGUCUGAAUUUUGCUCGUGCUGAGGCAAAACGUUGACACGUUCUUUUUUAGCCUUUAUGUGCUGGUGUGCUUGGAUCAGUAUUCUGUUGUAUGACCCAGUUUUAGCCAAACUUUAGCUCCUGGAUAGAUAAGAUAAGAUAAGAUAAGAUAAGAUAAGAUAAGAUAAGAUAAGAUAAAAUGGCCUCACAUUUGACACUAGAACACUUUGGAAUACAGAGUUUUCCAUGACUGCAAGUGAUCCAAGCCCAAAUCAUCACCCCUCCACCACUGUGUGCUUGACAGUUGGUAAAGACUGUUUCUGCUGUGCUGUUUCUUCUUCGGUGAGGUAUGUUAUGGUUAAACUUGUCCACUUUAGUGUCAUAUAUGUAAAGGACAUUCUGGAAGUCUUCUAGUUUGUUCAGAUGCAACUUUUCCCACCUAAGAGUGCCUCCAGAAAAGGCUCUCUUUAUAUUCCACAUGAUGGUAUGUGCUAAUAGUAGCAGCACAUACCCUGCAGAGUGGUGGAACAAUGCAUAACUACAGUUUGUUUCAUUUAUUGAUUUAUUGAAUCAUUUCUUUCACAAACUGGUGUGAUGUCUAAGAACAUUAUUAACGAAAAGUGCAAAGGUACUGGAAUAAAUAACAAUAACACUGUAUUAUGUCAUGCAGCAGUGUGCCAAAGGAGGCAGCGUAACACUGAAUGUGAACAUGACUUUUGUUUCUUUGUUGCACUUGGAAUCUUUGUCACGUGUAAUAAUAAUGUAUCCAUUUAAACUUAUUACAGCAACUUCCUUUGCCCUUUUACAGCAAACAAAAACAUGUUUUGUUCACAGCAAGUUGUGUGUCUGCCAUUUUAUCAUUUGGCAAGAGAGUCUAAAAGAAACUUUCUGAUAAAACCAGGCAAUACGGUAAAAAACAAACCAAAACAAGGAGCUGAGAGAUACCAAAACUGGUAUAAUUAUAUGUGGAUUUGUCACUUUAUGUACAAAUUACACUACAUACUGUACAUGUGGGAUGACACAGGACAGGACAGGAGAUUAUUUUGCACCUGAUGCCAUCAAACUAUCAUCUGAUUUCAGGAGAAUACUCGAAAAUAUAUGUGGUCUCAACAUAUUUAGAGUUAAGUAGUUCAUCAGCACAGAUAUUUCUGUAGUGUUUCACUUCCUCUUUGGACAUCGAAAGGUUUCCUGGUGAACUUGAAAGAUCAUUUAUAUGAAAUGUGCAAUUAUUUUAUUAAUAAAAUAUAUAUAUAUAUAUUUUUUACAUCAUGUUGCAUUUUCUUCGUUUUUCACACUGUACUAGUUACUCACUCAGGUCAGCAGUUUGUACACAUCUAGGCUGAA